AUGCUGUUGAAUCUUGGCCUCACAGCGGAUGCCGCAGCUGCCCAUGCAAAUGAACCUAUUAACCAGCCCGAACCCCAGCCUUCUGUGUGUACUGUUUACUCGCCUACCUUCUUACUGUCUGCUCUACCAUUGUUGAACUCCUUCUGCGGUCCUCCUAGGCUAUCUGAAGGUACGGAUCGCCCGGGGCUUGUAUCCGCUAUGGCAAUGAGUCCGAUUGAAUCAGCCUCGGACUCUGGUUCCAAAGAAUCAGCUCCUGUUGUUGCUAGGCCCCGGGUCGCUCGUUCAACCACAGGUCGGAGGUCCCGACCAAAGACGUCAUAUCAGUUUGCCCAUCCUGCCGCUCAUGCUCGCCACAAACGGUUUCGGUUCCGUCCGAAACUCCUCCUUCAGCUACAACAGGUGUCGCAAGCCCCCCGGCCGCUGCCCGUGGUGGAUGUUCUACCAUCUACGUCUUACCUGCCACUAUUGGCGCGCAAAUUCCCGGCCAUUUAUCGAACCAGAAACGGACUGGGUCCGUAUGACCUGAUCGUGGUGUUGAGCGAACAAUACGACCGAACAGGGGGCAGCAUUCCUGAAAGGCGCGUCAGCUCGGAGGAUGAGGACGAAGAUCACCGUGAAGUAGUCGCCACGAUAUGUCAAAAGUAUCAAGAUGAAGCUCGGUUGAAAGGAAAGGCGGAGAUAUGCAUGAAUUUUGGGCCCAUCUGGGAGGCUUCACCUCUCCCAAGCGGGAGUUACGAGUUUGUCGCCCAAACAGACAGCGGCGUGCAAAUCGUGCGGUGGGCUCUGCGUGGUGGAAGGAGUCGUCGGAUGAGUACGCCCUCGGGGACCCAAUCACGCGAGGACGGCAAGCGCUUCACUUUCAGCGUCAUCGAUCCUACCACUCGCCGACAUCCCGUUCUCGCAUCCAUGACUCGAAAUAAGUUAGAAAUCAAUGAUGAAUAUUCCACAGCUAUUCGGACCUCCGGAACCGGUCCCACGACUCCAAGCUCAGGUAUGUCAGUCGUGAGUGAUGCCUCGGAUGCAGAGACUCCCCUCGAUGGAAGCUUAGUCAAUCUUGAUGAUGGAACGCGAACUUUGAUCGUCAUCACCGGCAUCUGGGUCGCCUUCCGUGAAGGGUGGUCAGACAACUUCCGCUACGGCGACCCGUCUUCGUCUGUUACAAAGUCGAUCACGUCUCCAACAUCUGUGAAAUAUGCACAUCCGACGUCUACUCAGAAUGAAACCGACUCUUUCCCGAAUAUGGAUGAAGACGGUAAACGUUGCUUAUCGAUUUCCAAUAUCCGCCGUUCCACCACCCCAACCGUGGAUGGAACGCAAUUCGGUAAUUUGUCUAAGCGCUCCAACUCCACUGGUGCUGCGUUCAUGGAUCGAGCGAAGCGACGGUCCGCUUCUGGGCUUAGCACUCGCCUGAACCGGCACAGCAUGUUCACUGCCUUGAGCGAGAACGGCCGCGAUAUCGUUGUCUCCCGCCCUCCAUCUCCUCACCAACAUUCCGGCGAGAUGCAAGGUUCAUCUCGAACUGGUCAGCCCAAGGCUAAAUCUCCUGAAAAUGCGCAGCCGGAGAGAGAUAUCAAAUCAAAACCGGGGCCAGAUCGAGAUCCUGCCUCAAAUUUCCACAUUACACAGCAUGACACGGGCAAGAAGAAGCUGGAUUCUUCACUCCCCGGAGCUGGCGACUCAAUUCCCAAGGGCAAAAUUCGGCGCCGCCUCAGUACUUUCUUUGGCAUCUUUCACCGAAAACACGAUGCUCAUUAA